AUGUCUGCUGCUCCACGUCUUCUUAAACCAGCAUCUACAAAUACAUCUGAAGAGUGCAAAAUUUUAGAUAAUCAAUCCGAAUUAUCACCUACCGAUAUAAAACCUCCGUAUUUAAUAAAUUCUGAACCAUUUUCAAUAGCCAAACAAUUAAUUUCAAAAACAGAAAAUUCAUUAUAUUCAUCUCAACGUGAAUCUCUUAAUUCAACAACCAGUGAAAAAAUAACAUUAAUGACAGCAUUCGAACAAUCAAGUGUGGUUCAACCACUCUUAACUGAUCUUUAUCAAAUAUCAAUGGCAUAUGCCUAUUGGAAAGCAAAUAAACAUCAAGAAAUGGCAACAUUUGAUUUAUAUUUCCGAAAGAAUCCAUUCGGUGGGGAAUAUACAUUAUUUGCUGGUCUUGAUGAAUGUCUCAAGUUUAUUCGUGAUUAUAAAUUUCAUCAAACGGAUAUUGAUUAUCUACGUUCAGUAUUACCAACUUAUACAGAACCAGAAUAUUUCGAUUAUUUACUUCAACUUGAUAUGAAUGAUAUUAAAAUAUUUGCUGUACCAGAAGGUAAAUACUUUUUUUGCGUUUUAUACUUCAACGAUGCAUAA